GAACGUGAACUAAACAAGGCUGAGAAAAGCAGCAGUGUAGAAACCCUAAAGGCAGAGGUAAUAAGCCUCCAAAGUGAGAAAGCAGACCUGGACCGGAGCUUGCGGAAGCUGGACCAGGAGAUGGAGCAGUUGAAUCAUCACACAACAACCCGCACGCAGAUGGAGAUGCUGACCAAAGACAAGGCUGACAAAGAUGAACAAAUCAGAAAGAUAAAGUCUAGGCACAGUGAUGAGCUGACUUCACUGUUGGGGUAUUUUCCUAACAAAAAACAACUUGAAGACUGGCUUCAUUCUAAAUCCAAAGAAAUCAACCAGACCAGGAACAGACUUGCCACACUGAACAAAGACCUAGCUUCAGCUGAACAGAAUAAAAAUCAUGUAAAUAAUGAACUGAAGAAAAAGGAAGAACAGUUGUCCAGUUAUGAAGAUAAGCUGUUUGAUGUUUGUGGUAGCCAGGAUUUUGAAAGUGAUUUAGGCAGACUUAAAGAAGAAAUUGAAAAGUCCUCAAAACAGCGUGCCAUGCUGGCUGGAGCCACAGCAGUUUACUCCCAGUUCAUUACUCAGCUGACAGAUGAGGACCAGGCUUGUUGCCCCGUCUGUCAGAGAGUGUUUCAGACGGAGGCUGAAUUACAGGAAGUCAUCAGUGACUUGCAGUCCAAGCUGAGGCUUGCUCCAGAUAAGCUCAAGUCAACAGAAUCAGAACUAAAAAAAGAACGACGCCGUGAUGAAAUGCUUGGGCUUGUGCCCGUGAGGCAAAGCAUAAUUGAUUUGAAGGAGAAGGAAAUACCAGAAUUAAGAAACAAACUACAGAAUGUCAAUAGAGACAUACAGCGCCUAAAGACUGACAUAGAAGAACAGGAAACCCUCCUGGGUACAAUCAUGCCUGAAGAAGAAGGUGCUAAAGUAUGCCUGACAGAUGUUACAGUUAUGGAGAGGUUCCAGAUGGAGCUGAAGGAUGUGGAAAGGAAAAUUGCACAGCAGGCAGCUAAGCUGCAGGGGGUGGACUUGGAUCGAACUGUCCAGCAGGUCAACCAGGAAAAGCAGGAAAAGCAGCACAAGCUGGAUACAGUUUCCAGUAAGGUUGAAUUGAACCGUAAGCUUAUACAGGACCAACAGGAGCAAAUUCAACACCUGAAAAGUAAAACAAAUGAGCUGAAAUCAGAGAAACUGCAGAUAUCCACGAAUUUGCAACGCCGUCAGCAAAUGGAGGAGCAGACUGUGGAAUUAUCCACUGAAGUUCAGUCUUUAUAUAGAGAGAUAAAGGAUGCUAAAGAGCAAAUAAAUCCUUUGGAGACAGCACUGGAAAAGUUCCAGCAGGAAAAAGAAGAAUUAAUCCACAGAAAGCAAUCAAGUACCAAAAUGGCUCAGGAGAAAAUCAGUGAUAUCAAAGAGAAGGUUAAAAAUAUUAAUGGUUACAUGAAAGACAUAGAGAAUUAUAUUCAAGAUGGAAAAGAUGACUAUAAGAAGCAAAAGGAAACUGAACUUAAUGAAGUUGUAGUUCAACUAAAUGAAUGUGACAAACACAAAGAAAAGAUAAAUAAAGAAAUGGGAACCAUGAGGCAAGAUAUUGACACUCAGAAG